ACAGCUCAGAGAAAAGAUGACUUCAUGCAACAUUUUUAUAUCUUUUUUUCUUCCAACAUUUUUUUUUCUUUUUUUUUCUUUCUUUUUUGGCGAGAGAAAAAGAAAAAUCAAUAUUCAGAGAAGUGCCCUGGCUAAAAGUUUGGUGUGUGCCGUAUGGCGUCGUUUUUUCGAUAUACAGGUGGAGUUGGAAAAAGCUGUUUGACAGCUCAAUUCGUCCAAAAUGUGUGGAUCGAGUCGUACGACCCCACUAUCGAGGAUUCGUACCGCAAAGUGGUGGAGGUAGAUGGGAAAUCUUGUGUUUUGGAGAUUUUGGAUACCGCGGGGACGGAACAAUUCACUUCUAUGAGAGAGAUAUAUCUGAAAACCGGCCAAGGCUUCCUACUCGUCUACUCGAUAACCAGCCUCACGUCCUUCCAAGAGCUCACCCCGAUCCGUGACGCCAUCCUGCGAAUCAAAGAAGUGGAAGAGGUGCCGAUCGUCAUAGUCGGCAACAAGUCGGAUCUCGAGGGCGACCGGCAAGUGUCGAAAAACCGCGCAAACCACCUCUCGCGCAAGUGGGGCGGCGUACCGCUCUACGAGUCCUCGGCCAGGAGACGGCUCAACGUCGACGAGGUCUUCUUGAACCUCACAAGGCAGCUGAUGAAGAUGUAUGGAGGCGAUGCGCCCGGUGCUGGUGGCGGAGGAGCGACAGGAGGCGGUGUCAGGAAAAAGAAGGGCAGGACUUGUACCAUCUUGUGAGACUUGUUGGGAUUUGUUGGGGAUUUGCUGUGGAUGGAUGGAUUGAUGGACUUGGAUGGGAGACAGACUUAUACCAUUUCGUUUUUUUUCGUUUCGUUUUUUUGUGUUUUUCUUCUUUUUCUUCUUUUUCUUUCUUCUUUUUCGUUUCUUCCUCCCCACCAUUCAUUUCGUAGCUGGACGAGCUAGACGAGCUGGACUGGACUGGACUGGACCGGACUGGACCGGACACACCCGAUUUUCUUUGGCCUUUUUUAUUUUUUAAUCACGGAA